AUGGGCGGCGACGAGAUGGCCGUCGCGCUCCACUCGCUCUUCCUCUGGCUCCUCCUCCUCGUCGGCCGCCGCCGCCGCCCCGACGCCGCGAGCCCGGCGGAGCCCGGCCGCCUGGGGAAGGCCAGGAGCAGGCGCAGGGCCGCGGAGGAGGAGGACGUGCGCCGCCGCCGGGCGCUCUUCUGCCGCGUCUGGGCGCCGGCGGCCGGCGCGGAGACGAGGGGCAUUCUGCUCAUCGUACAUGGGCUCAACGAGCAUAGUGGGAGGUAUUUGCAUUUUGCCGAGCAGCUAACAUCAUGUGGCUUUGGAGUAUAUGCAAUGGAUUGGAUAGGUCAUGGUGGCAGUGAUGGUCUGCACGGUUAUGUUCCUUCUCUCGAUUAUGUCAUAGAAGACAUGGAAGUACUUCUUGAUAAAAUUAUGCUGGAGAAUCCAGAUGUUCCUUGUUUUCUACUCGGUCACUCCACUGGUGGAGCUGUUGUUUUAAAGGCGUCGCUGUACGCUCAUAUCAGAACCAGACUGGAAGGGAUCAUCCUGACUUCACCAGCUGUGCGUGUAAAACCAGCGCAUCCGAUAGUUGGGGCCGUGGCACCGAUAUUCUCUCUGAUAGCACCCAAGUUUCAAUUCAAGGGAGCCAACAAGCGCGGCAUCCCUGUGUCCCGCGACCCCGCCGCGCUGCUAGCGAAGUACUCUGACCCGCUGGUCUACACGGGGCCGAUCAGGGUCCGUACAGGCCACGAGAUCCUGCGCAUCUCCUCCUACCUGCUGCACAACCUGAAGAAGGUGACGGUCCCGUUCGUGGUCCUGCACGGCACCGCGGACCGUGUGACGGACCCCCUAGCCUCGCAGGAGCUCUACACGGAGGCCGCGUCGAGGCACAAGGACCUGCGUCUGUACGAGGGGUUCCUGCACGACCUGCUCUUCGAGCCCGAGCGCGACGAGAUCGCCGCCGACAUCAUCGGGUGGAUGGACCGGACGCUCGGUCUGCAAGCCGUAUGA